UCAAAUAAGAUCGAGAAAGCAGUGUCUGCUGCCCAUACCUUCCUGCAGAAGAACCCCAAGCAUGAGAUGACCUUGAGGUACCUGAACUAUUACAAGACGAUGCUGGAUGUGGAUGAAUACCUGGUUGACCUGGAGGCUCAGCCCUACGAGCCGAUAUUCGUGCGGUCGGUGAAGCUCUACAACAAUGGGGAUUUCCGGAGCAGCGCAGCCGACAUGGAGCAGGCGCUGGCCGAGUACUACAAGGCGUAUGAGGACUGCCUGGCUGGCUGUGAGGGAGCCUACGAGCUGCAGGAGUUCAAGGACUUCUACCCUGCCAUCGCAGAUCACUUCGUGAGCGUGCUGCAGUGCAAGGUGGACUGUGAGACCGAGCUCACCCCCAACGUGGGUGGUUACUUUGUGGAGAAGUUUGUGGCCACCAUGUACCACUACCUGCAGUUUGCCUACUACAAGUUGAACGAUGUGCAGGACGCAGUGCGCAGCGUCUCCAGUUACAUGCUCUUCGACCCUGGUGACACGGUGAUGCAGCAGAACCUGGUGUACUAUCGCUUCCACCGCGAGCGCUGGCGCCUGCGGGAGGAAGACUUCGAGCCACGGCCGGAAGCUGUGAGGUACCACAACCAGACAGCUGCCCAGAAGAAGAUGCUGGAAUUCGCCCAGCAGUACCUGCAGGCUGAUGAUGAGAUGGAGGUGGAUGGUGGUGAGGGGAUGGAGACACCAGACCUGCCCUCCGACAGCGAGUUUGAGGGUGAAGGUGACUACGAGGAGGGCUUCUUCGCAGAGUGGUGGCAGGAGCCCAAGACCAAAGGGGACAAAGAUGACCAAGGUUCCUGA